AUGAAGCACAAGACAGAAGGGAAGCAAAAGUCACUCGAAGAAGAAAAGAAACAGGUAGGAGAAGAGAGGGAGGAGCUGCGAAAGUCGAAUCGCCGCCAGGUGGAAGAAAUCAGCGCUGCUAAGGCAGAGGUGAUCGAGACUGCUCGACGGGCGGAGGAGGCGGAGAAGAAGGCGGCCCAGGAACUGUGCCAGCGGCAGGAGGUGGAGGCGAAGAAUGAAGAAGUCGUGAAGGAGAGGGAUGAGGCCGUGCUUGAAAGAGACGACGCUCAAGCAUCUUGCAAGACCCUGGAAGAUCAUAUUGAGAGGAUGGAGCAGGAAAAGCGGGACCGGCCGUCAGAGGCCGCCCAAACCGACCUCCGGUCCUGCGUGUCGUGUACCAGUAAAAAUGAGUACAAGGGCGAUAUCACAGUGAUGGAGUCAUGCAGCCUACUGCCGUACUUCAUCCACGGCGACAGGAGGAACCUCAUCGUCCCACUCCAGCGCAAACAAUCCCAGUCAAAAGUCAUCGAUCUGAACGACUACAAGGUGGACCCGUACGAGCACCUGCCAUCCACAGCCGGAUCACGACGUCCGACGCCACCAAAGCUGAAGCGUAGGGGAUCCUCCAACCAGGGGACCAAACUGCCGAGCCUGCUGAAGUCGAAGAAAGAAGUGGCUGGGCGGCAGGUGGAGCUGACCGACCCUCUCCUGACUGGGAGGUUCAACAUCGCCAUCAGCGGGGACUCCAGCUCCCAGCCGCAGCUGCAGCAGGGGCAGAUCCUGGUGAUAGACCAGCAGGGAGGCGGCUACUGUGUCUUGGUGGACGACAACAACGAAGCAGUGGCAGUGAACGGAGAGCAAAAGAAUGGACACUUUUAA